UCUCGCUCUUUCUCUGUUUGCUUGCGCGAGAAGGUGACGCCAAUCUUGUCUGACGAUUCUGUUUAUCCUUUUUUCGCCUAUUAUACUUUCGUAGCUAUUCCCUUUGUCUCUCCAGCGAUAUCGGUGGUCAUCGUGAAAGAAAGGGACGCACGAUCGCGAAGAUCGAAAGUAGAUUUCGGGGUGCAAACGAUGUCGCGGUGACGGUGUAUGUAUACAGUGAAACUUCGAAGAAAGCGCGAAACGAUCGUUUGGCAACAUUUUAAAACGUCUCGCAGCGACGACAGCCGUUAAAAGUGAUCGAUCGUUUCGUCAUAGUGAACGAAAAUUGACGGCCAAGUGUCAACUGGUGCGUGUUCUGGAUCUUCGAUUCCUUUGAGAAAGCGGUGCAGUGUCCUGGGCGAGAGAGAGAAUGCUCCUCGCGGAGAGAAACGAAAGCUCGCAAGCUUGAUUCGUUUCCGCCGCGUGAAACAAAUUAACCUAGCAGAAACUGUUCGGCGUCAAAGGUUAGAAUGUCGAGUUUCGUUCGUCGCGACGAUAACGUCCUCGAAGAGGUACGGAUCUUUUUAAGGGAUUCCGAGUUAUCUUGAAUUUAUCGAACGGCCUUCGCCAGCGCAUGAAAGACUCCGCAUACCAACGUCAAACAUGUUUGGCUGUCCCAGAGAGGCCGUGCGCGUCAAAGUAAAGAAAUGCGAGACCAGACAUCAGCCCGAGUAUCGCAAGUUCAGCGUGGAUCCGCAGAUAACAUCUAUCGAAGUGCUUCAAAGUAUACUUAUCAAAGCAUUCGACAUCAAGGGGGAAUUUACCGUUUCGUAUCGGGCAAUAGACGACUAUGGAUCGGAAACAUAUUUAUUUCUACUUUCCGACUGGGACCUAGAUGCAGCAUUUAUUAGCGCUUCCGAGCCGUAUCUGUACCUUCAGGUCAACCUGAAACCUUUUGGAGAAACCGGCGACUGUGAAUGUUACUGGGAGCAGAAUGCGCAGGAAGUAUCGACGCGACAAGAAACCGGGUUUCCGUACAGGACGUCCAAGUUACCUGGCCUCAUCAUGAAUAAGAUGGAGAGGACGCUUAGCAUAGUUCAGCGUGCUCUGGGUAACUUGGGCGAGGAAUCAUCCCAUCAACAAAGCGCUCAACCACCACGAUUACCACUGUCAGACGCAGAGUUCCGACGAUUUAUGGAUCCCAUCGGACAAGUAAUACACCCUAAGGAAUUAAGGGCUGUUAUAUAUUUUGGCGGUAUCGAGCCAAGUUUGCGUAAGGUGGUCUGGAAACACAUUCUGAAUGUAUACCCUGAAGGUAUGUCGGGUCGCGAGAGGAUGGACUACAUGAAGAAGAAGUCGCAAGAGUAUCAAAAUCUUCGCGAAAGAUGGAAAACGCUUGUACAAAAGGGACAGAACGUCGGUGAUCUGGGAUAUGUAACGGGCAUGGUGCGAAAAGACGUUUUGAGAACGGACAGGCAUCACAAGUUUUACGGAGGCUCCGAUGAUAAUCAGAAUACAGCUAGUUUGUUUAAUAUACUGACAACGUAUGCCCUGAAUCACCCUAGUGUCAGCUAUUGUCAGGGUAUGAGCGAUCUAGCCUCGCCGCUUCUAGUUAUUAUGAGGGAUGAAGCGCAGGCGUACAUAUGCUUGUGCGCACUUAUGAGAAGAUUAAAGGAUAACUUUAUGCUCGAUGGGAUAGCAAUGACUACUAAAUUUGCCCAUCUAGCGGAAGGUUUGCAGCAUUAUGAUCCUGAUUUCUACGCUUAUCUAAAAUCACAUCAAGCGGAUGAUCUGUUGUUUUGUUAUCGAUGGCUUUUAUUAGAAAUGAAACGAGAAUUUGCUUUGGAUGAUGCUUUAAGGAUGCUCGAAGUUCUGUGGGCCGCAUUACCAGCGUCACCACCAAAUGGAGAACUUAGCCUCGCUGAGGUACCUUUUCCUCCACCUUCGCCACCUCCAAGCCCAAACGUAAAACAUAUUCGUGAAAAUGCGUACACGAAGGUUUGUGCUAUUAGGCGACAAAGUUCUUCCGCUAGUAUUGCAGCCACUGGGAAGAGAAAAAAUUUAAAUAUCGAGGAACCAUCCGUACAAUCUUCCGCAGAAACUAAUGGAGAUUCUAAGAGAUCGAGCUCUCCUUUUGAAACAUUCUCUGAGCCAGAAAAUGAUCUAACAACAGCGAAGAAUCGAAGAAACACAGAAUCCACGGAAAAGUGCCUAAGUACAGGUUCUCUGCCUGGUAAAUCUAAACGUGUAAAUUUACUGGAAUUGAAAGACAGAUUAUCGUUACCUAAUAAAGAUCAAUAUAAAUCUAACGAACAGAACGACAAUGAAAAAAAGUGCGUUCGCAUGGUAAAAAACCUAAAUGAAUUUCUCAAUUUUACGAGUCUCAAUCGCAGUAAAGUAACACCAAGCGAUACGGAACCAGAAUUGAGGCGAGUUUUGAGCGAAAGCGGGGUUAUUAGAGUGUUACGAGAUGAACCAAGUUCUCCGGACGAUCCGACAGAUUUCUUUCCAAUGACCACUUCAAUGACUAGAGAAUUAAGACUGGAGCUAGAAUCACUUGACCGACAAGUCUUCGGACCAUCGCCUCCUAGCGAUCAGCAAUGCGAUUGCGUUCUUUCUAAAAGGGAAAGUGAACUAAUCGAAAGCGAAACAGAUACAGAAUUAGCAAGAUGUAGUCCAGCUGCAGAUGUGUUUGUUUGGGAAAAUCCUCUACAUACGCUACAACAGAAAAAUCAUCCAGCUACUCCCGAUGAGCAAGCAGAACUCGAAUAUGAUGGUGAAAUAUUGGAAGAUCAAAAUGGCGUCAAAUCUGUUACCCCCAUUAGACUACUAAAACGUACAACUAGGUCUAAUAAUAAAUCAUAUAGAUCUGAAUCCGCAUCGGAUAGCGAAGAAACGAAAAGUUGGCAUCAAAAUGCGGCGAUACCCGAAAGUCCAACUAAACAACCAGUGCAAGAACACUGUGAAGAAGCUACAGAACUUAUGAAUCUUAUUCCAGCGGGUACUAGUGAAGAUCAACUAGGAGAAAGUUCUCUACCCCCGCCUAACGAAUUCGGUGGUGGUAAUCCAUUCCUUAUGUUCCUGUGUAUUACUCUUUUACUUCAACAUAGAGACUUUGUUAUGCGUAAUCAAAUGGAUUACAAUGAAAUGGCCAUGCAUUUCGAUAAAAUGGUCCGUCGUCACAACGUUAUUCGAGUGCUCAAUCAGGCAAGGCAGCUGUUUGCCGGUUACCUCAGACGGCAUUCUACAUCGUCGUCAGCCACAAAGUCUGACUCCGUAAACGUAUAACCUUGUAAUGCCUGAAUGUAAUUACUGAUACCUUCUAAUAUGAAACGCGGAAUUAGCGACUUUAAAAUACAAUUUACUGAUCAAGACAAAUCAUGAAUAAAUAAGUCUAAAAUAUGUUUUCUAAAUCGGAAAAUAUCGAAAUGCAUCUAUAUAAUGAAAAAAAUAUCAGAUAAAAUACGUAUCAGUGAUAAACUAGGCAAUAAGAGAAUAAAAAAAACCUAUCCAAGGUGCUCUUCCGAGUUUACGUUUAUGAAAAAAUAUUCAUUCUUCUUUCAACCAUUUUAAAUAUAUACUUCCUUAUUUAAGUUUAUAUCAUGAGAAUUCGUAAUACCAGUUGAACAUUUAAAAUUUAACAAUAGCAAUUUUUAUAAUAUUUAUUUAAAUGUCUCUGUUUCUACUGUCUGUUGAUCAGUUAUCUUUUAAUAAAAGUUUAUUUUCUGAGAAAAAAUAAAUUUUUAGCAGAAAAGGGUUUACCCUCCCGGCGUGCACACACAUGCAAAUAUAAAUGCCUAUAUACACAAAUCUAAUUAACUACAAUUUCGUAGCACUCGUUAAUAUCCGUUCAAAAAUACUUUCACCACUCGCAUAGAUCCAAAUUUAUGGAAUUGAUUCAACGCGAAAUUUUCUUUAAGAUUCAAUAUAUGAAAUAUACAAUACAUCUUAAAAUGUAAACUGUAAAAACGUACUUAAAAUGUGCGAAUGGCACAUCGUUAGUUCCAUUCAUUGACCUAUGACACCAUUCCUCGCACUAUGCACAAUAUCAUUUGCACCGCGUCGACGAACCCUUUCCGCUGUACCUCGAUUUAGAAUUAAGUAAAUAGCAUAAAUUUGUAAAAUAUCUAUGAUUACCUUAGCAGCCGUGUCUUACUUUGUUCUCAAACAGUAUGCUUGAGAAACGACAAUAAAAUGCAUUUAAUUUUAUCGCUAA